UAAGUUAUAAAAUCAAUGGGGAGGACAACAGCUGCAUCUUCAAUUUAUGUGUAUGUGGAUUCGUGAUGCGUCGCGGUCCGGCGCCCCCGCCACCGGCCCUCAUAUUUAUACGCUAAAGCGGGCAUCGCGAAGAGUUCAAACGUGCGUCGGGCGCUCAGAACAGUAGACGAUUGAGAAGCGAUUCGCACCGCGUGGGUAGACAAGGGCGAGUGCAGUGUGCAGUGCGUACGGGUCGAGUCUUGUGUCGCUGAAAGCUCGCCGCGAAGCCUCCGGCUCCCGAGAGCGGCGGCACCGCGCGAGCGCCCGCCUCCGCCGACAGCCUCGCGUCAGUGCCGGGCCGGCCGCGCCGCAGAUACCACGCUCCGGGCUCCACGAGACCCUCCUCAGCCCAGCUGGACUCUAGUGACAUAAACAUUUAACCGACCUGCAAUUGACGAUCUCGACAUUCGCACUGACACUCAGUUAUAGAGGCGACGGCAGAUGGAUCGGCGGUGCGCGGCGGGGGCGCUGCUCGCGCUGGCCGCCUGCAUCGCGACCACGGCGGCGGCACCUACAGCCAGCAACCAAACUGCAUUAGAUUUAUAUGAAGGACCUUCGGAAGGAUGUUACUACAACUUCCAGCACUACGGGGAAGGUGAUCGUAUUAUGACAAACGAGCCCUGCCUCAAUUGCACAUGCCACAACCGAAUGCUGAUGUGUUAUCUAAGGGUCUGCCCCUUCACCAAACCCAUUGGCCAAGACUGCUCGGUUGAAAAGCGCGCUGACCAGUGCUGCCCCAUCGUCACUUGCCCUGAUGUUCCAGUUGACCUACUCACCUCGACUUCGACGUCAUCUCCGUCUGAAUAUGGCGAGACUGGACUCGGCAAAUUGGACAGAUACGGCUGCAGCAUUAACGGGAAAUACUUCCCCGAGGGCUCCAAGGUGCCGCCUUCUCCGAACAAACCGUGCGAACAUUGCUACUGCAUACGAAAUAUGACGACUUGUGUUAUGCAAGAAUGUACUCUUCACGUGGACGGCUGCACCCCGAUUUAUCGUAAAGACGUGUGUUGCCCUGUUCGCUACUCGUGUGAUCACCCCGAGGAUGAAAUACCACUCUUGGACGAUAUGACCACCACGGUGCGACCUACGCCAGGAUUCCUCCUGACCACCACAACUCUUGCACCAGUAACACAAAUGACACAAGAUUGUGUGCACGAUGACAAAAUAUUUGCAGAUGGUGCAUCAAUAAAAACAGAAAAGGCUUGCGAACAUUGUUAUUGUAUGAAAGGUGACAUUGUAUGUGUAGUGCAAGAGUGUGGUACUCCUAUGGAGAAUGAAGGCAAAAAUUGCACUUCCAUGCCUCCACAUGAAGGCCAAUGCUGUCCCGAUACUUACAUCUGUGAAGGCGAUGAAAUGACUACUGAAACGAAACCUGACAUUGCAACUGUAACCCCCUUCGAGGAUAUAACUACAUUAUCUCCACCAAGAAGAGUUAGUGUAGAAGGCAGUGGAUAUAGAAGUGAAACAGAUGAGCCAUCGACCGAAGUUUCCCCAUUGGAACCUGACACUGAGGGUAGUGGGGAAGAACAAUAUUUCAAACCAACCGACGCCAAUGAGAUGCUUCUUCCGGAAAGCGAAACCUCUCAUCCGUUAAUUGUAACUGAUCAAGAUGAAAUUCCAGAUCAUUAUAGUCCAGGCACUACUGAAGUACCCGAAACGGAACCUAAAAUUACUGAAAAGACAACAACUGAGGCUGAUAAGGGAGAAAAUACAGUGCCGAGUGGAGAUUUCGAAGAUGAUAGUUCAGAUAAAACUUCACCUGAAACAACAACUACUAAGCUAGAAACAGAAAAAGAGUCCUCUUACGAUGCGAAAACAACUGCAUUACCUGAAGAUGAGUCUUCCCUAAAAGACAAAACUACUCCUCAUGAAGAAAUAACAGCUACCGAACCUGCCGUCAUUGCGGAAUCAACUAUUGCUGAUCAUAAGUUACAUACAUCCCCAGAUAGCAUAGUUACUUCAGAAGAAGAAAUGGCUGAAACUACGAUACCCACCAGGAGGAAAGAUGAAGAUGAAAUGAUGCCCAAGAAAACAACAACACUGAAACAUUUGGAAGAAUCUACCACUAAAACAAGUGACAUCAUAGCUUCGGAUGUUGCUGCAACGGAAAUCACUACUUCUUCAUCCAUAGAACAAGAAGUUAAAACUACAACUUCACAGUUAAUUGAAAAAGAAAUAGAAGCUAAAGAAUCCACUACUGAGUCAUCCGUGGAACUAACUACAGAAUCUGAUGUUAUUAAGGCAGAUACCCAAACUGCUACGACAGUACAGCCUGAACUUGCUACUGUGUUUACUACUGUCAGCAAAGUUGACCUUUCUUAUACUACAUCUGCAAAUCCUAUUGAAAACGAAAUUGAUGAAGAAUCAUUCCCCACAUUGGCACCAGGUAGAAUACCCGGUGAAGGCGAUUGCUUACUUGAUGGUGUCACUUAUAGUCACGAGAGUAUUGUACCCAGUAGCAGUCAUUGUCGCACCAGUUGUAGGUGCAUCAGCAGCAUUGUCAAAUGCGAACCUAUCGUUUGUAGCCCACCACCAGACUAUAUGGAUAACUGUCAACCAAUGUAUGAUUCUCCUGAAUCUUGCUGUCCUACUUAUGUAUGUGACCAUCCAAGAGAAACGGUUCCACCUCAAUCACAUAGUCAGAUGGCAGGUACAGAAAGUCCUAUUUCUACACCUACAAUCGAAUGUGAUGGGGGCCAAUGCAAAACCGAUGAGGAUAAGAAAGACGCUACACCCUCUGUACCGUGCACCUCUGACGGUUGUGCCGAUGAUUCAAAUAAGAAGCCUGACGAAUGUGGAUCUCAAGGGUGCGGUGAAGUUGCCAAUAAGCCAGAAAAAGCUCGUCCAGCUAUACCUACCGAAGAGUGUAACGGCGAUAGUUGUUCAUCAUCACCAGAUCAUUGUGCCUCGGGUAAAUGUGAAACAGAAAUUCCAAAAGAUCAAACGUGUAAUGAUGAACAUGGUUGUGAAAUUCCCGUCAUUCAAACAUGCCAAGGCGAUGAUUGUGCAACUCAACCUGACGUUACGGGUCCUAAGGAAGCUUUCACACCUUGUGAUAAUCCAAAUGGCUGUAAAGAUCAAACGUGUAAUAAAGAAAAUGGUUGCGAUAUUCCUGUUGUACAAACAUGUCAAGGCGAUGAUUGUGAAAUUCAACCUGAUAUCACUGCUUCUAAGGAUGAUUCCACACAUUGUGACAAUCCGGAUGGCUGUAAAGAUGUUCAAAUUCCCGAAAAAGCACCACCUUGCACAGGCGAAUCAUGCGUAUCUGAAUUACCAUCUCAGAUACCACAAGAAUCACAAGAUUGCAAGGAUGGCAGUGAUUGUGGUCAAAGUAAUCAAACUCCAACUACUGGAGAAUGCAACGAAGAAGAAUGUAAAACGCAACACGUUCCAGAAAUUAAUAAACAUCUUAGUGAUUGCAUUGGCACUAAAUGCACACAACAACAAGAUCAUGUACCACACAUAACUGAUAUACCAGAGUUUAGUUCAGAGUCUGCCCCAAGAGUAACUGAAUUACCUGAAGAACUGGAAACAAAAUCUGAGGAACCAGUUACCGAGUUACCAAAGACAACUGCUAUCGAAAAAGAAAUUGAACUCAGUGCAACCACCAAAGCUUCAAUACCAGAAAAGGGCGAGGAAUCAGGUACAACUCCACAAUACGAAGAAAUUGAUAAUGACAAAGAAAAAGACACUCACUCACACACAACUAUUUCUAAGAGCCCUGAAAUAGUAACCCAGGCAACAGAGGGUGAACAGGAAGAAAGCAUUACUGAAAGUGCCAAUAAAGGAACAACAAUGGUUCCAUUAGAUAUCACCAAGGUAAAAGAAAUAUUACCAGAAAUGACACCAGCAUUUUCAGAAGUUCCAACUACAGAAAUACCAAGCUUAUCUGAUAAGGAUACUAAAGAAACAAUUACAGAAUUGCCAAUCUUUGUUGGAACUGAGUUGCCAGAACCAACAUUAAAACCAAUCAGUGAUACGGAGUCUGAAGUUCCAGAAGAUGCUGCUAAAGAUAAGGACACAGCUGAUAUAACCACAACCGAGGGAGCAACUCAAAGUAGCUCUGCCAAGAUAACUGAGGAAACCACUAAAUCACCAGAGAUGUUAACACUGGCUCCUGAAACUCUAGACAGAGAUGGCCACGAAAAACCAACCAAGGAACCAGAAUAUGUGCAAGACACUGAAGAAAAAAUAACCGAGACUACCGAACGGUAUACACCUGCACCUGAGCAAAUAACUGAAAAGUUAGAGGUAGAACCAAUCAAAGAAGAAGAAUCUCAGGGUACGCAAACGACACCAAAGUCUUAUGAAGGUCAAACAGCUGCUCCGGAAGUUCUCGUAACAGCAUCACCUGAGCCGCAAAGUACUUCAGCACAAGAUGAAGACCAAAAAAUACCAGAACUGCCAGUAUCUACAUCAACACCUGAAGAGCUUGUCACCAGUAAACCUGACGAUACUAAGCAGACUGCCGGGGAUAUGUCAUUACCAGACACUACGGAAAUAGCAGAAACGCAAGCCCCAGAGUUAAUUGUUGAUGAAGCUACGUCUAAACCAGAAGACCUUGAUCUCUCUAACGUAACUCCAGGUGAUGAUGAAAUAACAAAGGUUCAUGAUAUUACUGGUGAACCUGAAAGUCAAACUGAGACGCCUAAACCGUUUAUAACAUUACCUCAAGAAACGUCUGCUGAAGAAUCUGACGAAGACAAAAAAGCAGAAACACCGCCACCUGUUAUAGUUGACUCUCAAACGCAAACUCCAAUGUCCAUUGUGAAAGAUCACGGUGACGAUAAAUUUGGCAGCACAGUUACACCUGAGCCAGCAAUAACCACUGACCGUAGUACAACGGAAUCAGAAUCACCGCAGUCAACAAGCAUGCCUGCUAAAACACCAUCGGAAGAGACAGUAUCCGAAUUUGAAAAAAUGCCUAGUGUGAGUGAUGAAGGUCAUUCGGCUACGACACCUGCAGAAAAGUUGGGAACAUCAGCUAUCGCGGAAGAUGUAUUCCCAACAGAAAAACCUGUGAGUGAUUCAGAUAAAACAGCUCCAGAAACGGAAACUAGCACUGGUUCUUCGCCAAUAUCAGUACCAAUUGUCACUGAACCAAUAAGCUCGGAAUCUUCUGUGACAGAAGCUAAUCUUCCAGAGUCUAGUGCCCCACAAGAAAAAACAAGUGACAGUAUGGAAACCAAAUCGCCUACCUCCAUCCCGGAGAGCUCAGUACAAUCAACCACUGUUACUGAACUGCCAGAAUUAAUAGUUCAUGAACACCCAACGGAACCGUCUUCAAUUGAAAAAGAAUCUGAGCAACCUAUGACCGAAGAGGCUGUUACUAAAGAGCCACAGGAAAUUAUACCGGUACCAGUAACGUCUGAUGUACCAAUACCACAGGAUGCUCUAACUAUUACUCCAGAAAUACCAGAAGGCGUAUCACAAUCUGGGAGACCAGAUGAAGUAUCUAUUACAAAAGCACCGGAAAUCUCCCAACCUGAAACUACAGAAUCUAAACUAGAUGAUGAACUGCCUCACAUCCCUGAAUUAUCCUCUACUGGAGCACAAAAAGAAGUAACAGAAGGCCCAGAGUUACAAGUCACGUCGAAUACUCCAGAAGUAACAGAUGUCCAGAAGGAAGAAAUAGAAACAACAGCGACCCAAGUUACCGUUACUAGUGCUCCUAAGGUAUCGGAAACGGAACCGCAAGAAACAAUAACAGAGUCGCAACCUUCUGUAACAGAAACAGACUUGUUUGUAACUCAACCUCACAAAGAUACUACAGAAGCCCCAGAAUCAAACGAUGUGGUUACCAAGCCCUCCGAUUCUUCUGAAACUUCCUCGGAAUCACAAACAGAAUCUCCUGCUAUGCCUGAAGAACCGGAAAUACAAUCCCACACGGAAACAACAAAAACACAAGAUGUUACAACUACUGCUCCAGAAAUAUCUUUAACGUCACAAAAAGAAUCUACAGAAACUCCAGAAUCACAAGAUACCGCAACGAAGGUGGUAGAUAUAUCUUCGGACAAAUCAGAUAAGGAAACUUCAGAAGAACCGAAGCCCCAAGAUGCCAGCGUACUAGAAUUAUCUGAAACAGAACCACAAGGAGAAAUCACGAAAGCUCCUGAGGUAACAGAUGUGGCCACCAAUGUACCUGAGACACUAGAAACAGGAACCAAAGACGAUAUAGCCGAAGCUCCUGUGUUACAGGAUCUAACAACAAGCCUUCCCGAACUACCUAUUACAGAAACAGUACCGAUAGAAGAUACAAAGAUUCCUAUGAUAGAAGAAAAGGUAACCGUUCCCGAAAUAACUGGAACUGUACCUUCAAUAGAAGCUACAGAAGCUCCAACACAUGAUGAUUCUUCAAGUAACGUUCCAGAAGUACAUGCAACUGAAGCUCCAGCAACAGAAGAUACAGUAACGAACGUUCCAGAGACUUUAAUUACGGAGUCCCACCAAGAUACACAAGCACCUGAAUCUCAGGAUACUGCGACAAGCUCCCCUGGAUUACCAGAAACUGAACCGAAGAAGGAAUCAACUGAAGCUCCUGAGUCACAACAAACUAGUUCAACCAUUCCCGAAACAUCGCCAACUGAACCUAAGAAGGAGAUUACAGAGCUACCAGAAACCCAAGGAAUUACAGAUGCGCCAGGAAUUUCAGCUGAUACUAAAGCUCCUGAAACUGAACCGAACACGGAGAUUACAGAGCUACCAGCAAUCCAAGGAAUAACAGUUGCAUCAGAUAUUUCAGCUGAUACUAAAUCUCCUGAAACUGAACCGAAGAAGGAGAUUACAGAGCUACCAGCAACCCAAGGAAUAACAGAUGCGCCAGAAAUUUCAGCUGAUACUAAAGCUCCUGAAAGCGAACCGAAGAAGGAGAUUACAGAGCUACCAGAAACCCAAGGAAUAACAGAUGCGCCAGAAAUUUCAGCUGAUACUAAAGCUCCUGAAACUGAACCGAAGAAGGAGGUUACAGAGCUACCAGAAACCCAAGGAAUAACAGAUGCGCCAGAAAUUUCAGCUGGUACUAAAGCUCCUGAAACUGAACCGAAGAAGGAAAUUACAGAGCUACCAGAAACCCAAGGCAUUACAGAUGUACCAGAAAUUUCAUCUGAUACUAAACCUCCUGAAAAAUCUGACACGGCAUCUCCAGGGGAAGUAACAAAUGCCCCAGAAACACAAACAAUGGCAACGAAUGCUCCACAAGUACCAACAAUUUCGGAAACGGAAAUGCCAGAAACACCAGAAUCAACAGAGCCACACUAUGUACCGACAGAAACAUCAGAAGAAUUGGAAUCUCAAAAACCAGGGACCGAAUUACCUGAAAUUUCACCUGAGUUGGCUACAAAUGCUCCAGAAAUGUUAGCAACAAAAUCUGAUACUGAUAUAACCGAAGCGCCAGAGCAAGAAUUUACAACAAAGACACCAGAACCAUUAGAGACUGAGCCAGAGCCAGAAAAAUCUUCCAUCACAGAAAAAGACGGGUCAGUCACAGACUCACCGUUAAAAAUAACAACUAAAUUUGAUGAUCAAACUAAAUCUAAACCACAAGAAUUUGUUACUCCCACUGAAUCGUCGAAACUCGAACCAGAAACACCAUUAACUACGGAAGUCGGAUCAUCAACUGAAGCAGAUAAAAAGAUUACAGAGUCACAGGCAACUGAAUAUCCAGUCAAGAUAGCAGAUUCAGAUUCUGAAACAAAGAAACCUUAUGAAGGAGUAGAAAUUGGGACGGAAAUGCCGUUCGUGGAACCCGUGGAACAGACUGAAUCAUCUGUUUCUGGAUCCAUUGAAUCCGAAACUAAUGCACCCGAAUUGAUUGAUACUGGAUUGGGUGCAACAGUACAACAAGAAUUGCCUGUGACAGAAAAGCAAGAUUCAAGGCGAACCGAACCAACAAGUGCUCCACUUGAAGAAGAUGUUACCAAAGCUCUAGAAACUUUAGUAACGCCAGAGAAAACAACAAUAAUAUCCGAAGAGCCUGUGCAAACGACAAAAGAAGAAUAUCCAGAAACAACGCCAGAUUUAGUAUUAUUAGAGGAACAUACGCAUAAGACUGUAUCCCCUGAUGUAGAAACAAGUACUAGUCCUUCCGACAUACCAUUAAAGGAAUAUGAACCAUCGACACCUGAAAUAUCCAUAGAGAAGGUGACGGAGUCUGUCCUGAGUACGGAAUCAGAAAAGUCACCGCAUGAAGACGUGGUAUCCGACAAGGAUCAAAGCGUACCAGAAGUGACAGCAACUACGACACCUGAAAAAUCAACGGAGCCUUUGCCUGUGUCUGAGGAGAUCACCACGAUAUCUCCUUUGCCUGAAUCUCUCGAUACUGAAAAACCACAUAUUGUAGAAUCUAAUGAAAUUUCUACAUCACCACACACGAUAGCUGAAGAACCAACGGAAACUGAGAAGCCUUUAGUACCAAGCGUUGAGUCUGAAUCAGAGAAACCACAAGAAACGAAUGCACCUGGAGAAGAAUUUAUCUUAGCGUCCACCAAAGCCACAACUACAAAAGCAGAAGAACAAUCCACGACACUUUCACCGUUACUUGAUAAAUUCGGCAAACCUGGUGAUGAAGCACAAAAACCGGCAGCUGAACCUGAAAAAUCACAACCUGACGUUACUGAAGAACUACCGAAACCUGGAGCCAACGAAGUGCAACCCACAGAAGAGGCAUUACCACCAGAAGAAGAAAGCCAUUUCCCACCGAGCGGAACUAGUGGUUACGGACAAGAGCCUGAUUACGGAGAAGAAGAUUCCUUCGGUCCUGGUACUUGUCGAUAUGGUGGAAAAGUAUACGUAUCUGCGCAGCAAAUACCAAGAGAUGAUCCUUGCGAUUUCUGCUUUUGCUUCAGAAGUGACAUUAUUUGCCUUCAACAAAGUUGUCCUCCUCCAAUUCAUGGCUGUCAUGAAGAACCUAUCCAAGGAUUCUGUUGUCCGCGAUAUGAAUGCCCAGUGUCCAUGGCGACUACUCUCAACGUUACGACAACAACGACAACGACGACGACAACGUUGCCACCACACUUCCUACCUCACGCCUACAAGGGCGCUGCGCAGAGAAGAGGCUGUCAAAUAAAGGGACACAUCUACAAAGUGGGAGAAGUCGUGCGAGCAUCAUCAGGACCAUGUUUACAUUGCACAUGUGGAGGAGACGGUCAAAUGAAGUGCGAUCCCAAGGUGUGUACGCCAGAGCCCAUGCUCAGACAGAUGAUCGCCGCAGCGGUGUCCGCGAAGCGACGAAGGUGAAAUACCCCCCGAGAGAUGACUCAUUCGCCUGCGACGUCACUAGGGUAAAGGACCUAUGUGAUAAUACUUCCAUCUACUCUUCUAUGCACAAGAAUAAUGCUCAAAUUAUCCCGAAGGAAGGAGUAGUGUAAGAUUUCGUGUCAUAUAUGGUAAUUUUUUUUUUACUUUCAUAAAGUCAUGGCACGCACAACUCAAUAAUACUUGACUGUGAUUAAAAUAUUAAAUUAGAUUUUUCUAAAUCUGAAUUGUUAGUAUUUUCGGGUCUUCAUUAUUAAGGCUAAUUUAUUAUUAUUAUUUAUCUUUUCAUUAACAAAAGUCAGUGCCAAACGAUAGUGCUAAGUUGUAAUCGACUAUGCCUUUAUGAUAACAAGUUUCAAAAUUUAUUAACACUUUAAAGUGAAAAUUGACCAAAGCGAAGCGAUUCGAUGUCGAAAAUAAUUACUUAUAUUGAAACGACAAAACACAUCCAGCUUCGUGUCGUUGGUCACUAGAUCGCCGAAAUCUUGACCAUUUUUACUUAAUUUACCGAAAUAGUUAAGUUUAGUCAAAAUCUUUGUUUUUACACGAUGUUAUAAUAAGAUUAAUAAGCGAUCUAGUAUCGUGUAAAUAUGAAGUAAACCAUAAGGAUCCCUGAUGUAAAUGCCUUACUUAAUUUGUAAUAAUUUAUAUAUGUUAGGUGUAUAGUACUUAAGCCAUGUUUUAAGACCAGUGACUAUUAUAAUUUAGAAGUUAGAAAAAGGAAGCCACUUCAUGUUGAUAGGGCGAAAAGCGUCCGUCGACGCGAGCGGGGCACACACGCCAGCGCAGCCUUGGCGAGCGCUUUUCCUGCCUCCACGUCUGACAGAAAGUGACAUCACGACUGAUCUUGUUUUCUCUAAUUCGUGAAGGUGCACAGUUUUUACUAGCACUUAGUUAGUAAUAGUGACCAAUAUUUUUAAAAGUGUUUUGUAAAGAACUUUUUGCAAUAUGAUGUUAACGAGCAUAUUGUAGGAUCUUUUGUAACUUUUGAUAUUAAAGUGCUGGUAGACUUAAAUACAUGACCUUUCAUGUGUAACAGAUCAAGACGGGUACGAAAGUUGAUCAGACUUUGCGGUCGUUUUCGGAAUGAUAUUAUAUGUAGAGAUGUAAAUAACGAUCGCAUUCAUUCGUACAAACCUUCUUCUGUGUAUGUAAGUUGUAGUUAUAUUUCUUCUUAUUUAUUUAAAGUUGUAGUUUUGGUUGUAUAUCAUGAUGAGAUAGGUUGUCAAUAUGAGAAAAUAUUAAUUUUCUUUUAUUAAAAUUAUAUUCAGGUUUUCAGGAAAAUUGUUUUUCUUCUUUCUUUGUUUCUUUUAUUUCAACUCUAUUUUAUUUGUUUAAUUAGUUAUUACCAAGCUACAAUCUAGCUGUCUGUGCUACUGUGCAAGGGAGUUUAAAUAAAAUAUUUCAAAUGAA